AUAGUUACGGGUAAGGGGAGAAAUGAUUUUUUUUAGUGAAAUAGCUCACUUGAAAGCCUGUUUUGAACCCAAUGCAAAAAUUUGUAUUCUAGGAUGAACGUAGCAAGGUUAGCCAAUAUACCGUUACCCGUGAUAAGGGCUGCUAAACAAAAAUCAAAGCAAGUGAAGGAGGAGAUGGAGCAGAGACAGUUGCGAAAUAGAAGAAUACGAUUACUACGCCAAUUACUGAAACGAAGAAAUGGUUAUAGUAAGGAUGGCUUUCAAAGAGAGAUACUCGAUUCAAUUUAGUGCAAGCAAGCCCAUGCAACGGCCUAAUUUGGUAUGAAAUAAAAAAGAUAUUUCUUUUCUUAGGCAACAACACGUGUUUCCUCCUUUAAUGUCCGAUAAUUCAUGCAAACGUUGUCAACGUCGGGGAUUGCUUUUUGUUUUUUUCUUUUUUUUUUGGCUAUUUUUAUUUUUUUUAUGGGGGAGGGGAGGGGAGGGGAGG